CAAAGCCAAGAAGGGCCCGCAUGAAGAACCUAAAGACAUCUUUCUCCGUCCCCCUCCAGUCCAAACGCAAACACCGCAAUGAGGUCCGGCUGGCUCAGAGGAUUACUGCUGUCCAUCUUGGUGGCGGCGUGCCUCCUGUACCUGAGCUCCAUUCGCAGUGAGGUCCAAAGCCACUCUCAGAGCCUCCAAAGGGUCAACUCCGACGACUCGGCCAGAGGGCAAGGCAUGUUCAGGAGGCUGGAGAAGAUGGAGGCGGACAUGGGGAGGCUACUCGACCUGGUGGAAAAACUUGACUCAAAGGAACCGGCUGAACAGAACAAGCCAAUCCAAGACCAGGUACCCGAGAAGAAGGUGGUGAGGAAGCUGUUCCCCAACUCCUACCUGUUCAAGAAGUGGGGCGAGGAUCUCUCCGAGGAGGAGCAGAAGGAGGCCGAGAGCUUGUUUGGUAGAUUCGGCUACAACGCCUUCCUCAGCGACAGGAUUCCGCUCAACAGAGAGAUUCCCGACACGAGGCCGGCCAGGUGUGCAGAGAGGAAGUAUCCGGAUGAUCUACCCAGCGUGAGCGUGGUGUUGAUCUACCUUGACGAAGCUCUGUCCGUUAUCAAACGCGCCAUUCGCAGCAUCAUCGACAAGACCCCAGCUCGACUCCUGAAAGACAUCGUACUGGUGGACGACCACAGCACCAACGAGGACCUCAAGGAGAAGCUGGACGAAUACAUCAACGUCAUCCACGAGGAGCGUCCGGGCCUUCUCAAGCGAGUCCAACACACCGAGCAGCUGGGUCUCACUCAAGCCAGACUUUCAGGAUGGAAAGUUGCCACCGGCGACGUGGUGGCCAUCUUGGACGCUCACAUUGAAGUCCACGUGCAAUGGGCAGAACCGUUGCUGGCUCGCAUCAAGGAAGACCGAACUGUCAUCCUGACACCCGUUUUUGAUAAAGUCAAUUUCGAUGACUUGACGGUGACCCGCUACGGUCCGGCUGCUGAUGCCUUUGACUGGGCCUUGUGGUGCAUGUACGAGUCCUUCAGGCCUGAGUGGUACCAGCUCAAAGACGAGUCGCAGCCUGGCAAGAGCCCGUCCAUCAUGGGGAUACUUGUUGCGGAUCGAAAGUUCUUUGGAGAGAUCGGAAGUCUGGACGGAGGAAUGAAGAUAUACGGUGGUGAGAACGUCGAGCUGGGUAUCCGGGUCUGGUUGUGCGGGGGAAGUGUGGAAGUCAUUCCUUGUUCCAAAAUUGCACACAUCGAACGCUCCUCCAAGCCUUAUCUGCCCGACUUGAGCGUCACGAUGAAACGCAACGCACUGCGUGUGGCCGAAGUGUGGAUGGACGAGUACAAGCACAACGUCAACAUCGCAUGGAACCUUCCUCUGGAGAAUCACGGCGUGGACAUCGGCGAUGUCUCCGACAGGAAGAAGCUGAGGGAGCAGCUCAAGUGCAAGCCCUUCAAAUGGUACCUGGAGAACGUUUACCCCAUGUUGGAUCCUCUCAACGACCUGGUGGCAUACGGAGCGCUCAUAAACACGCUGAAGCCGGAUCUCUGCAUUGACCAAGGUCCAGUUCCAGGCAGCACCCCCAUUCUCUACUCCUGCCAUUACUUCGCCCCCCAGCGCUGCUACUACCGCACCAACGGACAGCUCUACAUCGGCGGCAUCAAAUCCCACAAGUACAACAGCAACCGCUGCCUGGUGGAUCCCGGCACGGGCGUCUACCCGGCGUUGUACGAAUGCAAGACGGCCGCUCAGAAAAAGUUCCACAUGUUGUGGGACUUCAAACAGGGAACCUCCAUCCAGAACCGGGAGACAAAGAGGUGCCUGGAGAUCGCCACGGGUCAAACCGGCUACUACGAGCUGAUCAUUCAGCGCUGCACCGCUCAGAUCUGGAACAUACAGAAUUAUAUCAAAGAGAGGGAAGUGAAGGAGGCGAGGUAGCAACUUGCGAGUGCAAAACAACUCACAUUUUGGACCGGAAGAGUCACACAGAUCACGAGCGAGACAUUCCCUUGAGAAACAAAAUUAUCCAAAACAACGGUAACGUAACAUCGAGAGGCAUGAACAUUACGCAACACGGAAGCGUGUGCAGAAUUCGGUGUGCCCGAAUAGCGUGUGUGUGUGGGUGUGAAUGCUCGUCUCGGUGCUCACUGCGUUAUCCAUCACUCUUAAAGAUACGGUCAAGUUACAUCGCCAGGUAAGAACAUUCACAAAUGCACGCCGUUUUUGGUGCGCCCAAAAUAACGUGGGUGCGAACGCUCGUCUCUCAGUAUUCGCUCACACAUUUUCAUCGCUCUUAAAAUUCGAGUAAAGUAACAUCGUAAGGGAAAGACAAUUCAAUCCACAAUUCAGAAGCACGUACAAAUUGCAAUGCACCGAAAUAGUGUGGGCGUCUAUGCAAUCUCUUAGCAUUGGCUCGCAUAUUUUUCUCUGAAAUUAAGAAUAAAGUAACAUCGUAAAGAAAAAGGGCGAGUGACUGAGAGCCAAAAAUUGCGCCCUCUGCUGGUUGCUGCCAUGCACGAUGCCUCCGUUGCAUCGACGUACUCGCUGAUAAGGUACAAACUUCCGAUCCAUCGAGUGUGGCGUGAUUGCCAAGAUUUUUAAUUUUGAUCAUUUAACCUAUAGGUUAUGUUACAUUUUGCUUUUGCCAUAAACUUUUUCAGGCGGCACGGUGGUCGAGUGGUUAGCGUGCAGACCUCACAGCUAAAAGACCAGGGUUCAAUUCCACCCUUGGCCAUCUCUGUGUGGAGUUUCCUACCACAUUCCCAAAAAACAUGCUAGGUUAAUUGGCGACUCCAAAUUGUCCAUAGAUAUGAAUGUGAGUGUGAAUGGUUGUUUGACUAUAUGUGCCGUGUGAUUGGCUGGCCACCAGUCCGGGUUGUACCCCGCCUCUCGCUUGAAGACAGCUGGGAUAGGCUCCAGCACCCUCGUGAGGAAAAGCGGUAGAAAAUGAAUGAAUAAACUUGUUACACA